AAAGAACGAUUAACGUUUAUUUGGCAUCAGUUUGUUCAGUACUUUGUGGAGUUCCAGAUCAUGUAUAUUCUCAAACGGUUGAUGUGUUUGACUUUGCUGUGGAUAGCAGCCUCAGGAGCUGAAGAUCCAUUGGUUGUUGAGAUCCCCAAUGGAAAACUUCGUGGCAAAGAUAAUGGCCAGUACUACAGCUACGAAUCCAUUCCCUACGCCGAGCCUCCAACUGGCGCCCUCCGUUUUGAGGCACCUCAGCCGUAUAGUCAUCGUUGGACUGACGUUUUCGAUGCCACUCAGUCUCCAGUCGCCUGCUUACAGUGGAACCAGUUUAGAAACGAAAACAACAAGCUGAUGGGUAAUGAGGAUUGCCUAACGGUGAGCAUCUACAAGCCAAAGACACCCGGUCGCAGCAGCUUUCCUGUCGUAGUGCUCCUGCAUGGAGGUGCUUUCAUGUUCGGUAGUGGAAACAUAUAUGGACACGAUUACAUUAUGCGUGGGGGACAAUUGCUUUUGGUAAAAAUAAGCUAUCGUGUGGGACCAUUGGGCUUUGCGAGCACCGGUGAUAGGGACUUGCCGGGUAACUAUGGUCUCAAGGAUCAACGUCUGGCUCUACAAUGGAUCAAGAAGAACAUUGCCCACUUUGGCGGCAUGCCGGAUAACAUUGUGCUCAUUGGUCACUCGGCAGGCGGUGCUUCGGCUCAUUUACAGCUCCUGCAUGAGGAUUUCAGACAGUUGGCCAAAGGAGCCAUUUCGGUGAGCGGCAAUGCCCUGGAUCCUUGGGUCAUUCAGCCGGGUGGACGACGACGUGCAUUUGAGCUGGGUCGGAUAGUCGGUUGUGGGCAGACGAACGUCUCUGCAGAACUCAAGGACUGCUUGAAGUCUAAGCCGGCUAGUGAAAUAGUCUCUGCUGUCCGCAGCUUCCUUGUGUUUUCCUAUGUGCCCUUCAGUGCUUUUGGACCUGUUGUGGAGCCGGCAGAUGCCCCAGACGCCUUUCUCAUCCAGGAUCCAAGGGAAGUGAUUAGGAGCGGAAAGUUUGCCCAAGUCCCUUGGACUGUGACAUACACCACAGAGGAUGGAGGAUACAACGCUGCUCAGCUGUUGGAAAGAAACAAAACAACCGGUGAGAGUUGGAUUGACCUACUCAACGAUCGCUGGUUCGAAUGGGCUCCGUACUUGCUUUUCUAUCGGAACUCCAAGAAAACCAUUAAGGAUAUGGAUGAUCUUUCAUUUGAGCUCAGGCAGCAAUAUUUAGGAGAUCGUCGAUUCAGUGUGGAAAGUUAUUGGGAUGUGCAGCGAAUGUUUACUGAUGUUCUUUUCAAGAAUAGCGUGCCAAACGCAAUAGAUCUACACCGAAAGCAUGGCAACACUCCGGUUUAUUCUUUUGUCUAUGAUAAUCCUACCGACUCCGGAGUGGGUCAAUUGCUUUCCAAUCGCACUGACGUCAAUUUUGGUACCGUUCAUGGAGAUGACUUUUUCUUGAUUUUUAAUACAGCUGCAUACCGAACCGGCAUUCGUCCGGAUGAAGAAGUUAUUUCCAAAAAGUUUAUACAGAUGCUGGCGGAUUUCGCACUUAACGAUGAGGGAACAUUGACAUUUGGAGAGUGUAGUUUCCAAAAUAAUGUGAACAGCACAGAAUACCAAGUGCUGCGCAUUUCGCGAAACGAUUGUAAGAACGAGCAAUAUGCUAAGUUUCCCUAA